AGCACCCUUCCGCUCCGCACCGCUCUUGGCCGCUUUGACCCCGUUGGCCCGUUGUUUUGUGUUGUCGGCGGUCAGCUGUAUUUCUGGACUAAAAAUAACGUCGCAUUUUGUUCACCAGUUCAACUCGCACUGCGACUACUGACUGACCGAACAUGGCCAGCCAAGCAUGCUACGUGCAUUCACCGAGCCUACAUCGAACCUUCAUUAGGAUGCGCUGCACAUCCUAAGCCUCGACACCAGCCACUGGAGGAGCCGGCACACGCGGCGACGCGAGCUGCGACCACCAAGACCUCGCCAGGACGGAGUGCGUACAUGAUCCUAUGCGGCUUGCUGCCAAUUUUGAACAAAGUACGAAGAUAGGGGGGCUGCAAUGGCGGAGGUAGCAGUCGCCGCUGUGGCCUCGUGUUCGGCCAGCCUGAUCACACAUCCCAUCGAGGUAGCCAAGAUCCGCAUCCAGCUGCAAGGAGAACUGCAGCCGCCAAUCAAAGACAAGUCGGGGCGGAUGCGGCCGGUGUACCGUAACGUGCCCCAGGCGCUGUACACGGUCGCCCGCCACGAUGGCAUCCUCGCCAUCUACCGCGGCCUGCUGCCGGGCUUGGGGUACCAGCUGCUGGCAAAUGGGCUGCGGCUGGGCAUGUUCCAGACCAUCGAAGACUUCGGCUUCACGCUGGACGAAAACCUCGAGCCCAGCAUCCGCCUGAGUGCUAUCUCCGGCGGAAUAGCCGGUGCCGUUGGGGCGUUUGCCGGCUCGCCGCUUUUUCUUCUGAAGACACACAUGCAGGUGCACUGUGCCACAGCGUCCAUCGCUGUCGGUUACCAGCAUGGCUUCAGGACUGCGAGAGCGGCCUUCAUGCACAUCUACCGGACGCAGGGCCUGUGGAACGGCCUAUGGCGCGCCACCUCGGCCAACAUACUGCGCAUCUCCACGGGAUCGGCGCUGCAGCUGUCCACUUUCAUCGGCUUCAAGACGCUGCUCAACACGGCCACCGAGGGUCGCGAGCGCUACUUCUUCAUCAACACGGUGCUGGCGGCGCUCAUCUCGGGCCUUGUGUCGGCGCCUUUCAUCGCUACCGUCGACGUGCUCCGGGCACGCAUGUACGCGCAGCCGUCGAACGCGCGAGGCGAAGGCCUCUACUAUCGUAGUAUAUGGGACUGCGUGCGCAAGAUCAAGCGUACCGAGGGCCUGCGCGGUCUUGCCAAGGGAAUCGGUGGUGCUUUCCUCUACACGCUCACCACCUCGUCCAUUACACUCAUCUCGUGGGACGAGCUCAAGAACGCCCGCAGGGAACGCCGCCACUCGAGGGACUACUACAUCGACUUCGGGUACCAGUGAUGCCCGACGUUGUUUCUAGCCAAUGGUAUAUGUCCCAGUUACCUGCAUACGUUCACAUGUUACCCCAUAUCCGAUUAUGGUGGAGGACCACUUAUACCGUGGCAAUUUCGCACGGAAGUGCGGCGCCUCCUGUGGCACCAAAGGUUUCCCCAAAACAGGCGUCAGAAACAGCAAUGAUCAAAAGGCUCUUCUUGAACACAUGCACACCUUGUUUCAGCUCAGGGUAGAGGGAAAGAAGUACGAGACAUUGCACGCGUGUUUUGUCAACGCUUUCGCGGGUACGAGUUAUGAAGAUCUAUUGCCAUCGACAGGCCAAGAUUGCAAACUCCUCCCACGAAGGCGCCUUGGGCCUGAUACCGGGAUCCCCGAACAUGGUUCCCUCAGUAUGGCACGUAGGCAUAGGCAGGAGACGCCUCAGAGGCCCAGCAACAAAGGGGAACGAUGCGACAAUGCACCGUGCGCAUGAACACCUAAUGCCGGCAGGUGUUUGGGACAGCUUAUAUGCAUAAACAUAUUCACACCAAACUUUGCAAAAGAAUGAGGAACGAUGCAUGUGACGCCGCCUAUCCUUGACAAAACUUCCUCGCGAAUAGCUUAGAAGGUGCGCUACAAAAGUUGGAACUAAUCAUUUUACAUGCAGAUUGUAUCGACGAACAUCAUCCUCACUCUGGUGGAUUUUGGCCAAAGCGAAAGUGGGAAUUUCAGUAACAACGAGAAGGUAGGAAAAGAAAAUACAGGCGAGAUGAUCUGCCGGCUUAUGAUGGCACGUUCUCCUGAAGGAACAGUUUGGCAAACUUAGUUGUCUAUGUGUGUUUUCUAGCGCUGUUUUUUUUUUUCUUGAAGAUAAGUACAACUCGCCGAGCUCUCAGUUUUAACUCAGCACAAAAUUUGGAAGACUUUGAGUACGCACCAAUAUAUCCAGCAAUAUUGCUGUCUGAAAGCAGCACGAGGACUAAGAAACACACAGACGGGGAGUCUGACAACCUCAAUGCAUACUUAUUUCAACUAGCGACAAAAAAAAAAAACAAAGAAAGAAGAAAAAAGAAAAAAAGAAAAGAAAAACGUCACAGAUGAGGUAGUCCUUUCAAAGUUCACGUUCUGACUCUCUGAUGUUGUUAAUUAACGCUACUUGUUUAACUGAGCGAGUCUUCAGAGUCUAAGCUAUGCCUCAGCGCUC